AUGUCGUUUUUUAGGCUCAGAGACCUCAUCCGAGCAGUGCGCGUGUGUAAGACGGCGGCGGAUGAGCGCAAUGUUAUCCAGCGGGAAUCAGCGGCAAUCCGCACAUCGUUCAAGGAGGACAAUUCGCAGGACACGCGGUACGUCAACGUGCAGAAGCUGCUGUACAUUUACUUGCUUGGCUUCCCGGUGCAGUUUGGCCAGCUCGAGUGCUUGAAGCUGGCUGCCAGCUCCAAGUUUGCUGACAAGCGGGUGGGCUACCUCGGCGUCAGUCUCCUGCUGGACGAGAAGCAGGAGAUCCUGACGCUGCUGACAAACUGCCUGAAGAGUGACAUGAACAACCCCGACGACUACCUGGUGGGCCUGGCACUGUGCACGCUGUCAAACGUUGCGUCAUCGGAGGUUGCCAACGAUCUGGUUGACGAGGUCGAGCGGCUGAUCGACUCGUCAAGGUCGUACCUGCGCAAGAAGGCCGCCAUGGCAGCGGUCCGGAUCCCGUUCCUGCGGCGCGCACGCUCCUUGCUGGGCGACAAGCACCACGGUGUGCAGCUGGCUGCUGUGGCAUUGGUGACCGAGAUGUGCAACCAUAGCCAGCAGGCGCUCGACGAGGGCCGCAAGCUGGUGCCAAUUAUUGUGCGGCAGCUCAAGGGCCUCUUGGCGUCGACGUCGUCGCCCGAGCACGAGGUGGGCGGAAUCGCGGAUCCGUUCCUGCAGGUUGGAAUUCUGCGGCUGCUGCGCGUGGCUGCCGACGAGCUCAACGAUGUUCUGACGCAGGUGGCCACGCAGACCGAUGGCUCGAAGAAUGUAGGCACAGCAAUUCUGUACGAGUGCGCAGUCACAGCACUGGCCAUUCCGUCAGAGCAGGCGCUGCGUGUGUUGGCGAUUAAUCUGCUGGGCAAAUUCUUGGCCAACCGGGACAACAACGUGCGCUACGUGGCCCUGGCCACGCUGUCUACGGCCGUGAUCACCGAGGCUCCCUCCGUGCAGCGGCACCGCGCUACCGUGCUGCAGUGUCUGGGCGACGGCGAUAUCAGUAUCCGGCGGCGCGCGCUCGACCUGAGCUUUGCCCUGAUCAACGCGCAGAACGUCAAGCCGAUCGUCGCCGAGAUCCUGAAGGCCUUGCCCACCAUUGACGUCGAGUUCCGCCCAUCGAUGGUGUACCGCCUGAGCGCAGCAGUGACGCUGUUUGGCGACUCGCUCGACUGGCGUGUCGAGACUAUGCUGCGCGUUAUGCGCCAUGGCGGCAAGUACCUAAAUGCCCGCGACAUGUUCAAGUUUAUCCGUCUGGUUGCUGCUGAGGCUGACGAGACCCUGCAGCGCCGCGCGACUCGCAUCAGCUUUGCCCUUCUAGAGCAGGAUAUCUCGCAAGAGAAGAUGGUGAUUGCUGGCUCCUGGCUCAUUGGCGAGUACGCCGACUUGCUAGUGUCCAACGGCACCUCAUCUGCCAUGGCCCUGACCGCCAUUGACCCGAAUGGCGAGCUGCCCGAGGCGAUCCCCGAGCCUGCCGACGUUGUGCGUCUCCUGGCAGCAAUUGCCAAGUCGCCAGUUGUGGCCCCCUCGUGCCACCAUGUCGCACUGACUGCCUUGGCCAAGCUCUCCGGCCGGUUCUCCCACCUCCCGGCAGUGGUAGGAAACAUUCGCAGCGCGCUCGAGAAGCAUACUCGCUCAAUGGAUGUCGAAACACAGGCACGCGGUGCAGAAUUCGCCAAGCUGCUGAGCUCGCAGCUCGACAGCGUGCGCGCAGGCGUCGUCGACCGGAUGCCAGCACCAGAGUACACCGAUGUGCCAUACGAGGAGUACGUGCUGAACCCGACUGCCAUGCGCAUGAAGGCGUUGACUAUCAUCUCUCGGCCGGCCAUUCAGGCGGCCGACCUGCUGGGCACAGACACUGAUGAGAGCGAUCCGGCGGCUCAGGCUGCAGCUGAGAGAGCGCUCAGGGAGAAGAAGAACAAACACGUCAAUCUCAACGCCCUCACCGCCACCUUGCUCAGGCUGCCCAGCCCGAGCAGUCGGCCGGACCUGAACAAGGAGUACGAAGUGUACAACGCCGAUGGCCUACGCAUUACUAUGACACCCUCAAAGAAGCCUAAGCUGCCCACAGCAGCCAUCUCCGGCCUGAACUUUUUGGUGGCCGUGCCCAAGUCGCAGAAGCUGCAGAUUCUGCCGCCCUCAAGCCAGAACAUUGCCGUUGGUGUCUCAGCGACUCAGCUGGUGCGUGUGUCAAACCCGACAAGGUCGCCAAUCCGCCUGCGCAUGAAGCUGACGUACCAGUCGGGCAGCCAGAAUGUCGACAACAUGUUUGACUUUAUCUGUUUGUCACAUUCCUGA